UCUGUCCACUGUGUGACAGCCCUAGAGGGGUUUGGUUUUGUUUCUGCGUUUUGCUGCUGGUUUUUUUGUCUCUUUUUUGAAACAGGGUCUCGCUACACGGCAACGCUGGCCUGGGACUUGCAAUCCUCCUGCCUCGGCUCCUGCGAGUGGCCUCAUCAACUUUCCGGCUCUGGUCCCCAGACACCCCCGCACCCAGGCCUAGGAAACCCACGUCUUUAAAGAAGGCGGCUCCUCUUUCUCGGCCAUUUCUCCCCACUUCCGGCGGAAGCGGCCUCAACAAGGGAAACUUUAUUGUUCCCGCGCGGUGGCACUAGAGACGAUGUCGGUGAAUUAUGCAGCGGGGCUGUCGCCAUACGCGGAUAAGGGCAAGUGCGGGCUGCCCGAGAUCUUCGACCCCCCAGAGGAGCUAGAGCGCAAGGUGUGGGAGCUGGCCCGGCUGAUGUGGCAGUCCUCCAGCGUGGUUUUCCACACGGGCGCCGGCAUCAGCACCGCCUCUGGCAUCCCCGACUUCAGGGGCCCCCAUGGCGUGUGGACCAUGGAGGAGCGUGGCCUGGCCCCCAAGUUUGACACCACCUUCGAGAGCGCCCGGCCCUCGAAGACCCACAUGGCCCUGGUGCAGCUGCAACGCGUGGGCUUCCUCAGCUUCCUGGUCAGCCAGAACGUGGAUGGGCUGCACGUGCGCUCCGGCUUCCCCAGGGACAAGCUGGCGGAGCUCCACGGAAACAUGUUUGUUGAGGAAUGUCCCAAGUGUAAGACGCAGUACGUGAGAGACACAGUCGUGGGCACCAUGGGCCUCAAGGCCACAGGCCGGCUCUGCACCGUGGCCAAGGCACGGGGACUUCGAGCCUGUAGGGGGGAGCUGAGGGACACCAUUCUUGACUGGGAGGAUGCACUGCCUGACCGGGACCUGACGCUAGCUGAUGAGGCCAGCAGGACCGCAGACCUAUCCGUCACCCUGGGCACCUCGCUACAGAUCCGGCCCAGCGGGAACCUGCCCCUCGCUACCAAGCGCCGGGGAGGCCGUCUGGUCAUUGUCAACCUGCAGCCCACAAAACACGACCGCCAGGCUGACCUGCGCAUCCACGGCUACGUGGACGAGGUGAUGAGCAGGCUCAUGAAACAUCUGGGGCUGGAGAUUCCCACCUGGGAUGGGCCCUGCGUGCUGGACAAGGCCCUGCCACCGCUGCCGCGCCCAACAGCGCCCAAGACUGAGGCCCCCGCUCAUCUCAAUGGCUUGGCGCACGUUUCAUAUAAGCCCGAGCCCGAUAGCCCCGAACAAGAGAACCCCAACAGCCCCGUACCCCACAGACCACCCAAAAGAGUGAAGACUGAGGCUGCCCCCAGCUGACCCUGGUGCGUGGGGUGGGAGGGGUACUUGAAGGAACCACACAUGUUGGGGGAUUUUGGUUUUUGUAUAUCCUGGGGACUGAGCCCAGGCUUGCACAUGCCACACCCCGGCCUUUUUCUGAUUUUGAGACCAGGGCUCCCUAAGUCGCUCGGGAUGGCCUCAAACUCACUACUGUAGCCCAGGCUGGCCUAGAGCUAGCUCCCUGCCUGCC